UACUCCAACCUCAACAAGAUGAGGCAUUAGCAAACUGGGUUUUGCAAUGUCAAGCAAGAAAAAUUCAGUUGACUGGGGAGUUAAUAUGUGAAAAAGGACGUAAAUUGGCUAAACAAAUUGGUCUUAACCCCCAAGAUUGCAAUACACCUGAUUUUUCUGUUGGUGCCACUUCGUAUGCAAUUGGUGAUGUAGAUCUUACUUAUAUAAAGGCUGGGGAAUCUGAUAUCUAUAAAGUCGACCAACUAAAGGCAAUGCAAUGGUGUAUUCGAACUUGGAAUUCAAUCCUUCCAGAAACUAUUACAAAUUGUUUUCACCAUACUGGCUUGUUUGAUUAUGAAAUAACUACCAUUAUUCAUGAAGUCCAUCCAAAUGAUGAGGAUUCAUCUGUUCUCGCAGAAUUGAAAGAAUCACUCCAAAUAUUUAUAAAUGAAAGUAAUUCUUCUUUUAUUACUCCUUCAAACCCUGUUAGACUCGAUGCUAUUCGUACUGUAAUCAGUCUUCUUGAUACAACUAUUUCUGAUCACAAUACUGUGCUUAGAACAUUGCAUUUAUUACAACAAGAAAUUCAACUUCAAGUCUUCUCCUCCAAGAUUCAAACAACAUUAGAUAGUUUUAUUCAAGUAGAAUACCAGUAG